GUAAGUCUGUCAAUCAAUGACAGAAAACGAUUGAUUAAUGAGCGGAAUUCCAAAACGGAAUUAGAACCAUUUAAAUUACAAAUUGUGAAGUCACUUUUAUCAUUCAUUGAUUGCCACAACCUUAUGAGAAUGUUCUUUGUAUUGUGCAACUCUCUAGCGAGACCUAGAGUUCUUCACAGUCUAAGGAAGUACAAAAGUGACUACAAUUUGUGCGUAUAUAUUCCAACUCAAUCCAAAAGUCUAUCACGAAACAGGAAUUGGCGGAGUUCUCUCGUACCCUUGGGAAGAUUCAGUCAUCCCAUAGAGACUGAAUAUUCCACAAGCAAAUCUCAGUUAGAAGCUCCUAGCUGGAAGUAUAAACUACUUUAUGAUGGUCAGUGUCCAUUGUGUCGAAAGGAAGUUGCUUUCUUGCAGAAACACGACAACAAUCGUGGAAUUAUUUGCUUUGUAGAUAUAUCUGAUAAAUGCUACUCCUCUUUUGAUAAUGCAGGUAUAGAUUAUAAGACAGCUAUGGGAAGAAUUCAUGCUAUUCGAAAUGACGGUACAGUAGUAAGAGAUAUGGAAGUUUUCCGUGUAGUUUAUGAUGCCUUGGGCAUUGGUUGGAUCUAUUUUCCCACUAAACUUCCGAUGAUCAAACCUGUGGCUGAUUUAGUUUAUCGAAUUUGGGCCAAAUUCCGAUUGCCUUUGACAGGCAGGAAAAUGGUUUGAAGUUGUCCGUUACUGGAAAAAUGGUAUAUAUUAUCAUAGUAAAGAAGGAAUAUUUCUUUUCUUUCAAGAUGGAAGAAGGAUUUUAUUGAAAAU